GGCGCGCAUCCAGAGUGGGGAAUGUAAAGAGAAGCGGCGGCGCUCGUCAGCUGUGCGCGUGCAACGGCUCCAUAGAGAUCGCGUUGGCCUCGUUAAGAGCUCCCAACCACCUCGUCAGGAGCUGUAAUCACCUCAUCUAGAGCUCUGUCCACCUCGUCUAGAGUUGUAAUAACCACAGCUCUCACCACCUCAUCUCCAGCUGUAAUAACAUAAUCUGGAGUUGUAAUCACCUCAUCCACAGCUCUUGCCACCUCGUCUAGAACUUUAACCACCUCGUCUGGAGUUGUAAUCACCUCAUCCACAUUUCUAACCACCUCAUCUAGAGUUGUAACCACCUCAUCUAGAGUCGUAAUCACCUCAUCUCGAGUUGUAAUCACCUCAUCUAGAGUUGUAACCACCUCAUCUAGAGUUGUAACCACCUCAUCUAGAGUCGUAAUCACCUCAUCUAGAGUUGUAACCACCUCAUCUAGAGUUGUAACCACCUCAUCUAGAGCUGUAACCACCUCAUCUAGAGUCGUAAUCACCUCAUCUAGAGUUGUAAUCACCUCAUCUAGAGUUGUAAUCACCUCAUCUAGAGUUGUAAUCACCUCAUCUAGAGUCGUAAUCACCUCAUCUAGAGUUGUAACCACCUCAUCUAGAGCUGUGACCACCUCAUCUAGAGCUGUAACCACCUCAUCUAGAGAGCGAUAGACGAGGGGCAGGCGAGCCCUGAGCUACCGCCUGGCUAUGGCGUACCUAUGGCAGCACCCGUAUGUCAACGUGUUUAAGCACUGCAAAGUGGACGAAUGGAAAAAAGCGUCAAAAGAAGGGGAGGUCACCUCCGCCAUGGACAAGACGAUCAAGGCGACGGUCUACAAGGUCGUGGGCCACAUUCCGGCGGCGAACUACAUUCAGCUGCCGAAGACAAGCACGCAGUCGCUGGGGCUCACGGGACGCUACCUCUACCUGCUGUUCAAGCCCAUCCCCACGAAACACUUCAUUGUUCACCUGGACGUCAGCACGGAGGAAAAUCAGGUGGUUCGCAUUUCCUUCUCGAGCCUCUUCAGGGAGUUCAAGGUGACAGCCACGUGGCUGCAGUUCCCGUUUGUCUGCGGCCCGGCCAGGGGCCUCCUUCACGAACCCAGCGAGCACAGCACCACCCGAGGUAAAUGUGCUCCAGUACCGAUGGACGCUCGCUGGACGUGCCUGGUGCUGGACCUGCACUACGUCCUGUCCAUCUACCUGAACCGCCGUUACUCACACCUGAAGGCUGUGAGGCUGUGCUGCAGCAUGCUCGUGCGCAACCUCUUCACCAGCGACACGCUCUACCAGCCAGGAGCACCGGUGGUGGCAUGCGGGCGAAGUGGGCAGCUGCCCCAGGGCUUAGGUGCCAUGCCGCGUGAAAUGGCGUUCUACCUGCCCAAGGGUGCCAGCUGGCACGACGUGUACGACUUCAUCCGAUUUCCAGAUUUGAGUCUUCAAGACAAAGAGAAAACCUCUUCCGAAACAAAAGGGGAGGAGAGCGAGACGUCUGCUGGCUUCCCACGCCCGGUGAGCGUGAGCCGUGCUGUUAGAGACAGAGUCUCUCUCGUCCAGCAGCUCACGUCCCCACCCCAGGGCCAGCGCGCACCCACCAAACCCCUGCCUUUCCCGUCGGCAACAGCAGCACAUUCACAACAAGAACUUUUUAGCACCAGUGGGACGACCUUUGCUACCGAGACGGGCGGCAUGGGUAGAUUUGAGAGCCAGCUCACUCUGGAUCGGCCAGAGAGCGGCUUCUGCCUGGCAAACGGAAAGACUGGGGCCCAGCGGAGCCCCCCCUCUCGCUGCGACGGUAACGAUGCGGAGGACGGGGGCGGCUCGAGUGCCGCGGAGGACACCGGGGAGCUGAGCGUGUUCCGUUCACGUGGUGGGGACGUGCAUGUGGUCACCAGCCGGAGCGGCGACGUUUCCGUGCAUCGCCACAGCCAGCGACUCGCCCAGAUUGGAGACAAGACCAUCUCACCUGAAAGGCUAUCAGAGUAUUACGAUGAGGAGCGCUCUCCUCUGCAGCCUGACCCCAUCCUCGCGCUGCGCAGGGUCAUUGGCUUCGGUGGCGGCACGACCCGGCACGCGUUGUGGACGAGGCAGGGCGAUGUGAUCGUGUACCCAUGCCAUGCCAUCAUCAUUGCCGUGGAGAUCACCACAGGCAACCAGAGGUUCCUCACGGGACACAGUGACAAGGUGACGGCGCUGACGAUGAACGGCGCCAGCACGCUGCUGGCCUCCGCCCAGGCCGGCGCCGUGAGCCUCCUGCGCGUGUGGGACUUCUCCAGCGGCGAGUGCCUCUCCGUCUUCACCCCGCACCUGCACGCGCUAUCAUCGCUCAGUUUCUCUCACAGCGGAGCUGUGCUUUGCGGUGUGGGGAAAGAUAGCCAUGAAAAAAACACGGUGGUGGUGUGGGAUACGUCUCGGUUGCGGACGGGUGGCCUGGUGUCCGUUGUUGCCAGAACGCACACCGACGUGGACCUACACACCAUCAAAAUCGCCUCCUUCGAUGACACCAGGAUGGUGUCGUGUGGCCGGGGUAGUGUGCGGCUAUGGCGCGUGCGCGGCUCGGCAUUACGCUCCUGCCCCGUGGAUCUCGCCGAGUUCCACGCCGCGCACUUCACGGACGUGGCCUUCGAGGAGGGCCUGCCUGCCGACCGCGAGCCACACGACCGCACGCUCUUUGCCUGCAGCAAGUCGGGCCACAUCCUGGAGAUCGACUACAAGAACGUGACCAUACGCAAUGUGCGGCGCCUGCUGCCAUCGCCGGGCGUGCGGGCCAGUUACGACGCUGGCAAGCGUGCCCCCCCGUCCGGACCGGGCAUCGGGAUAAACAGCAUGUCCGUGUCGGAGGGACUGUGUGCAACGGGCUCCGAUGACGGCUUCCUGCGGCUCUGGCUGCUGGAUUUCUCCACCAUGCUCCUGGAAGCCGAGCACGAGGCCCCGGUGUCGGCGGUGGCGAUCUCGGCAGAUGGGCGGCGUGUGCUGGCCGCCACGGCGGGGCCCGCGGGCGCCAGCCUCGGCUUCCUGGAGGUGGCGUCGCGGCACUACGCCACGCUGGCGCGCUCGCACGCCGGACCCGUGCUGGGCUGCUCGGCGGACGGAGCGCGGCGCCACCUGGUCACCGUGGGGCGCGAUGCGAGCGUGCGCGUUUGGGACUCGGACAACGGCCAGCAGCUGCUGGACUUCUCGACGCUGGCGGUGGUGCCGUGUGUCGUGUGCUGCCACCCUGUGCGCCAGCUGCUCGCGUGCGGCUUCAGCGACGGCUCGUUGCGCGCGUUCAGCGUCGCCAGCACCGCCCUCCUGGCGGAGCACAAGCAGCACAGGGGCCAGAUCACUGCCCUGGCGUUCUCACGCAGUGGAGAAUUCAUGUACAGCGCCUGCUCGCUCGGAAGCCUCGCGAUGUACGACGCGUCCGACGACGACCUGCCCGCGCUCCGGGUGCUGGGGAACGUUGUCGCAACAAGGGGCAGACGGGCGGCCGAUGAGGAGGAGGACGACGGAGACGACGCCCCGAGCGUCCUGGCCCUGUCAACUGAUGGACGACGCUUAGCCUUUGUGGGGCCCAGCCAGGAUGCGGUGACGGUGAUGGACGCACGGUCACUGGAGGAGGUGCUGCGAGUCUCCGUGAGCGCCGGCACUGCCACGGGGCACGAGGACCCGGGGCCCGAGCGGGCGCUGGCAGUCCGCUUCGCGCCUCCCGACUCGAGCCGGCUGCUGGUGCUCAUGCGAUCCCGCAGGAUCGUCGUCCUCGACGCGGCGACGGGCCGCAACCUCCGAGAGCUUUCGGCGGCUCACCACACGCGCUGCGUCUCCACGGACGUGAGCGAGGACGGCCGCUUCUUCGCCACGGCCGGAGACCGCGUGGUGAAAGUGUGGGACGCGCGCGCCCAGCACCGCACCGAUGCGCAGACGUUCAUCGGGCACUCGGAGAGCGUGCGGCACGUGAUGUUCACCCCGGACCAGCUGGGGCUCGUCAGCGUGGGCGACGCCAUCCUCAUCUGGGAUUUCCUGGCUCUGCCCGCGUUCAGGGAGAAAAUGAAUGGAAGAGCUCCUAAAGGAUCCCCAAAGAAAUUACACGGCAGAGCCGUGCACAGAGUGGACCCUGAUGUUGCCGCCGGAGCUUCCGCGUUGGUGUCUAGCCUGCCCAUCCUGGAUGUGAGCUCCAUACGAGGGCCCGUCGCAACCAAGGCCUCCAGCCCAUGGGCAGCCCGCCGCCCAGACGGCACGCAGGGCCGCGAAGUGGUGAUUCACCCCGGCGAAGUGUCCAGGAGAGGGGGCGCGUCGGGCGAGGAGAUGGACUGGAGCGGAGGCCGCUGUCGCUCCCGCGGGGGUCGCCGCACGGUCGUCAUCGUCAACGAGAAGACGGGCGACCGCAGCGUCGCGACGCGGCUCAUCGCCACACCGCGCAAGCGCAAGCCCCAGCAAGAGGAGGGUGCCAAGGACGUCACGGUAGCGUCGGAUGGGGAAGGCCGGGGGCCCGCGCUGCCCUACUGCCACUUCCAGGCGCGACGCGGGGUCACCGAGCACCCCCCGCAGCAGCAGCAGCAGCCCACAACUGCUGGCGAACUGCCAGGCCUGAGGCUGAAGGCUGUCGUCGGGUACAACGGCAACGGGCGCGGAAACCUGGUGUGGCGGCCGGACAACGGUCUGCUGGCUUACUCGAGCGGAUGCGUGGUCGUCGUGGAGGAGCUGCGCUCCGGCGACCAGAGGCACCUUCUGGGCCACCAGCGGGAAAUCUCCACUCUGGCCAUCUCGCACGACGCUCAGACACUGGUGUCCGCCUCCUGUGGACAAAUGUGCAUGUGGGACGUGGCCAGCGGCGUCUGCCGGAGCGGCCCGUCUCAUCACCGCGGCGACGUGCAGGCCCUGGCCUUCUCCCGCGACGAUCGCUUCCUCCUCUCGCUCGGAGACGGGCGCGAUGGCUCGCUGGCGCUGUGGGCGGUGCAGCAGGACGUGUCUCUGCUGGCGAGUGUGCGCUGCCCUGUGCCAGCGCACGCGCUGGCAUUCCGCCCGGGCCGCGCGGGGGAAUUUGUGUGCGCGGCAAGUGGCCACAUCGCGUUUGGACUCGUGGAGCAGCGCGGACGCGAGUUUGGGCUCAGCUUGGACAUGGUGGCCGUGCCGCCGGAGCUGGGCGGCGCCGAGGUGACGUGCGUGUGCUACGGUGCGGGAGGCGUCGUAUUUGCCGGCACGAGCUCCGGCCUCGUGAGCGUCUGGGACAGCGAGCGGAAAAGCUGCUUCCUCACGUGGGAGGCUGACUCGCUCGCCCUCGGCGUGCUCGAGUGUCGCGGGCACAGCCUCGUGACUGCCGGCGCCGGAAGGCGGCUCCGCCGGUGGUCGGUGGCCAGCGUGGACGCGGCUCGAGUCCAGGAGAGAGGGACGCGCGGUGCGGAUUGCGUGGUACUGGAGGCCGAGUUGCGGCUGGAUGCGUCGGCGGUGAGCGCCGCCUUUGACGACGACCUCGACAUGGGGGUGGUCGGCACGGCCGUCGGCACCGUGUGGUUCAUCGGCUGGGCCGAGUGCAGCAGCAUGCGGCUCGUGAGUGGUCACGCCGAGCAGGUCACGGGGCUGGCGUUCAGCCCGGACGAGGCGCUGUUUGCGAGCAGCGCGGCAGAUGGGAGCCUGCGCGUGUGGGACGCCCGCUCACUCGAGCUCUCCGUGCAGUUCCAAGUUCUCCAGCAGACAUGCGAGUGUGUGGCAUGGAGCCGUGUACCGGCCCGGCGCAGCCGGUUCUCCCGGCUCGUGGCGGCGGGCUACGGCGACGGCGCGGUGCGGCUCUUCAGCCUGCGCUCGGUGGAGAUGGUGCUCAAGAUGCGGUCGCACGGCAGCGCCGUCACCGCCCUCGCCUUCUCCACCGACGGCGAGUUCCUCGUGUCGGGUGCGCGGGACGGGCUCGUAGUGGUGAGCAGCCUCCACACGGGCGCGACGGCACGCGUCGUCACUGACCACCGCCCCUCCCCCAUCUCCGCCAUCGACUGCGUGCACAGCCAGCACGGCGGGGAGAUGUGGUUGGCCGCGAGCCGGGACAGCCGCGUCAGCAUCUGGAGCUGCGAUUGGCUGCGCGAUCGCUGCGACCUGGUGGACUGGCUCACGUUCCCGGCCCUGUCUGCCGGCCUCGAUGACACACAGUCUGGCCGCUCCACACCCCCGAGCCUGGCCGUGUUCUGCCCGGGCGACGUGGACACGGUGGUGUACGCGGGCUACGGUUUGCAGCGGGAGAUCGUCUUCUACAGCCUGAGACUCAAGCAGGUUGUGCGUAAGCUGCCCCUCGACAACUGGGCCCUGAGUCUGGACCUGUCCUGCAACGGAGACCUCAUUGCAGUGGGAACCUAUGAGCGGCUCGUUGGCCUCAUGGAUCCCGCGUCCGGACGCUUCCGGAGUGUCUGGGGCCACGAGGAUGCGGUGCGUGCGUGCCGCUUCUCCCCCUCGGCCCGCCGCCUCUUCACCGCGGCGCACGGUGCCAUCUUCGUGUGGGAGGUGUGCAACUCGGCGUGACGACAGCGCCGCCGCCGCCGCCGCCGCCACCGAUGAUGAUGCGGCCCAGACUUAGCGGCGUGGGCCCGCGCGACCGUGAACCGGAGGGGUCAAUAGGGGAUUGACGUAAAAAAUUACGAGUACAGGUAUCCCCCCCCCCCGUGAUUUACAAAUCGUUCGGUUUACGAGAUUUCGCGUGAUCUUAAUUGACAAAUUAUGGGCCUCUUUUCGCUUAACGAAAUCGAAUUUGCGCACGUGAACGAAAUUUCAAACGGCACGCGCCGUGAGAUUGAACGACAAGCACGCGGGAGGCUGCGUCAUCCAUCCGCCACAGCGUCACGGUGUUCCUGCAGUGCAACAGCAACGCCUCCACAUCAUGGCCUUGCCAGUGAUUCCAACGUGAAAAUGUUAUAUUUUUUAUUCGUAAUUAUUGAAUCGUUUAAAUAUGUAUGUUCGUUGUUAUUAUUUUUUGCAUUGUGACAAGCGAUAGAGGUGUAUAUUUUGAAGGCUAGAAGUACAGUUGGAAUGACUGUCGGAACACACGUCCCUAAUUUUUUUUAUUAAUGGUGAAAAGCCGUUCUGAUUUCACGUAAUGUUGUUUUGCGCGUGUUUCUUUGAAGAACGCAUCCCUUGCAUGAGUCGAGGGAUAACCUGUAUGCUAAAUUAUUCAACACGGUCCGUAUGCGUUUGAACGGAUGUAAGUGUUUAUUUUUUUCAAACUACGCUCAACUUAAAUGUCAGGGUUAAUGGGCGGAGGGGUCGGCCUGAUGGGCGGAGUUUGUGGGGGGGGGGCACGGAGGGGGCGAUGCCCAGCCAAAACUGGGCACCUUUAUUCAUUUAUUUUCAGUAGCUUACAAUUAAAACACAAUUAUAUGCUCCCGCGAUUCCUAAUGUCAGAAUCAGAAUAUUUAUACUGGAGGAAUCCGAUGAGCUAUAAAGCUAUUUUUCAGACGUUCAGUAUGCGAGGGUAAGAAAGUUCCAACAACAAAUGGUACGAAAACAUGAUAGUAGUCCAAAGUACAAGUACGGUAAACAAAUCACUCCAACACAUACAUGUGAGGGACAAAGCAAACGCCUGCCCCCCCCCCCUCCAAAUAUAGAAGUCAAACUCCGCCUCUGGUUAGCCCAGAUAAAGCAAAACAACGCGGGCAAUG